UUUUUUUUCUUUUGGGUGGAAACAUUAUUUUGUGGGUACGUCGCCACGCGCUAGAGCUCGAAAAGCUAUGAUCUAGGGGAGGAAGGAUCUUCACAAAUCCUACUUGGCCACAAAAUUUUUGCUAUUUUUAUUAUAAUUUUUUUUUUCCUCCGUGAUUAUAAUUUUUGAGACAGACAGGAAGAUUAAUAUUAAGCACUAGUUUUUUGUUGCAAAAUUAAGUGUGGUUUUGUGGAUGGUAACACAUCUUCUGGGGAUUUGUUUCUGCAUCUGUUGUUGUUAUUUUGACCAUCUCUCUCUCUCUCUGUUUUUGGCAACAAAAAUCACGUAUUGCAAUCCAAAUCGACUGAUGCAGAUGUUUUCCGAUUCAGUGAGAAAUAAAUAUUGAUUCUUUGGGGUUCUUUUUUAAAAAUCAUGGUGGAGCCUUAUGAGACACGUAACAACUCUGAAGCAUCUCAUCAGAUGGUCAGAUAUCAGAGUUAUAACCAUCACAAUUCCAGAAUACCAUCUUCGUCAUCGUCGUUAUCAUUAUCAUCGCCAUUGCUUGAUUUGAGAGUGUUUUAUGUCAGAAUCAGCAAUUUCAAGGUGGAUGCUUCGACACCUGAGGUUCUCACGAUCACUCAUAUCCCACUGGAUCUAGAUUCUAUCUUGGAGAUUAACGGUGUUAGGAUGAGCAUGUACUCUGAAGGAGUUUCUUCUCAGCUAAGGAGAGAUCGUGUUGAUAAGAAAUCUGAAGUAGCUACUUUUAUCAGCACUGACAACAUCAGGUUGUCUGGUAGUGUGAAGUUUGAGGUUUGUGAUAAAGAUGAGCUGGUUUUGUCUGGAACGCUUGAGAUGUCCGGCAGUAAUGGUUUCACUGGUGAAUCUAAGCAUAGCGUGAAGCGGUGGAACAUGAACUGCGAAGCUGAGAUCACUGCAGGGUCUGGUUUCUUGAAGGAGAAACAUAUUGGUGGUGGUUCGGAUUUGUCAUCUCCGUUGCCAACUAUUGAAGUCUAUGUCACUGGUUGCUUCUCAGGAACACCCAUCAUCUUAACCAAGACUCUACAGCUUGGUUUCAGAAAGAAGCACAGUAGAGUGACUGCAUUAGAUUCUAUUCCCGAGUAUGAUACCGGUGAGCCUCAUAAAGGCAACUCAUCUGAGCUUGAUUAUCAGGUAACAGAAUAUGGAAGUUACAAACAAGAAUAUGAAGGAGAAGACGGCGACAUGUAUUGGAAUAGAGAGUAUGCAGACGGUGAAGAUGGUGAGAUGUCGUGGUUCAAUGCUGGUGUGAGGGUUGGUGUGGGAAUUGGUCUUGGUGUCUGUGUAGGUCUUGGCAUUGGGGUUGGCCUUCUUGUGCGUACCUAUCAAUCAACCACCAGAAACUUCAGAAGGAGGAUUAUCUAGUUUCAUUCAAAUUGCCCCGAGCUUCUUCUACUAUCCCUCUAACUCCAGUCCUUACCACAUCACUUUUGACUGCAGAACUUUAAGCUAUAUAGUCUAUGCUAAUACUGAUGUGUAGUAAAAAAUUUCUUCAUGUGUAUUUUUUUCUCUUUGUGCCUUGAAAUUUUGGAAGAAAUCAUUCUCUUGUUGUGUUUGUUGAGUUUUCCUACUGAAAGAAAUUAAGCUUUUUGCUGGUAAUGUGAA